AUGGUGAAUUGCCUUACCAUCGGUACCGACGGACAGUGUUUUGGAGGGCUACCUUAUGCCAUCGCUAUAAUGCUAACUAUCUCAGUCACCAACGGACUUUUGAAAUUUACCGAUGGUAAAUUCAUUUCUCCAUCGGUACCGACGGACAAUCCUUAUUUAACGAUGGUGAAUUGCUUUACCAUCGGUACUGACGGUACCGACGGACAGUGUUUUGGAGGGCUACCUUAUGCCAUCGCUAUAAUGCUAACUAUCUCAUUCACCGACGGACUUUUCAAAUUUACCGAUGGUAAAUUCAUUUCUCCAUCGGUACCGACGGACAAUCCUUAUUUACCGAUGGUGAAUUGCUUUACCAUCGGUACCGACGGACAGUGUUUUGGAGGGCUACCUUAUGCCAUCGCUAUAAUGCUAACUAUCUCAUUCACCGAUGGACUUUUCAAAUUUACCGAUGGUAAAUUCAUUUCUUCAUCGGUACCGACGGACAAUCCUUAUUUACCGAUG